GCAAAGGUCAGACACCGACUGGGGAUCAAAGAGCAGUUGCAGAUGACGUCACACGCGGAAAGAGGUGCGUUCACGGACACAGUGGCUCAUGGUGACUUAGUGACAGUAGCAAACACGAAACAAGGAAGUGGAGGAUACGUCGCUGGAUUGAAGGCAGCCACACACAAACAAGACAUUUUGGAAGUAGCACAUAUUCAUUAUCCAGACGCCUGACUCCAGUCCUACCUCCAUGAGCCAUGUUGAGCAGUCCUGCUGAUCUCCCUGAAAUGGCAAUAAGUCAAGACCACAGCAACACGUACCUUUGACCUCUGCUUCUCACCCACCACUUGAAUAGCAUUAUGGCUCCUGUUCCUCCGGGCAUCCGUCUGUUGGUGUCUUUCAACAGGGACCAAUGGUACAGAGCUCUCACCUUCAUCCUCACCUUCUUGCUCUACACCAGCUUCCACCUUUCCAGAAAACCAAUUAGUAUUGUCAAGAGCGAGCUCCACAGAAACUGUUCGCAUGUCAGUGAACUACCCACAAUUGGCUCCAGCAGCGGCAGAAGUGACAGCCAGAAGCUCCUUUUACAGGCUCUUCACACCGAAAUGGACUGUAGCUGGAAGCCUUUUGAUAAAAGUAACUACAAACAGCUGUUGGGAGCCAUGGAUUACUCCUUCCUCUGUGCUUAUGCAGUUGGGAUGUAUCUCAGUGGCAUCAUCGGCGAGCGCCUGCCUAUCCGACUGUACCUAACGGUGGGUAUGCUGGCUAGCGGCCUUUUCACCUGCCUGUUUGGACUGGGCUACAUCUACAACAUCCACAGUCUGGGGUUCUACGUCUUUGUCCAGGUGGCCAAUGGCUUAGUCCAAACCACUGGCUGGCCCAGUGUUGUAACUUGUAUUGGCAACUGGUUUGGAAAAGGAAGACGUGGAUUUAUCAUGGGGAUUUGGAACUCUCACACCUCAGUCGGAAACAUAUUGGGCUCUCUAAUCGCAGGCUAUUGGGUGUCCUCCAACUGGGGCCUGUCCUUCAUCAUCCCAGGGCUCAUCAUCGCAGUCAUGGGUGUUGUCUGCUUCCUUUUUCUUAUUGAGCAUCCAAAUGACCUGAAAAACUUGUAUAAUGAUGGCUGCUCUCCAGGAAAAAGUGUGCCAACUAAGACUUGGAAUGGAGUAAGGGGACAUACAGAGAUGUAUCUGCAUUAUAAAGAUAAGAAGAAUCAGAGUUACGACACAGAACUUUUGCUGCCGAAGGAAGGUUCAUGUGUGCAAGUGCAGCCAGUGGUGGUGGUGAGGAGUGAGUCGGAGCCGUCUGCCAUCAGCUUCAUGGGAGCCUUACGUAUACCGGGUGUGAUUGAGUUCUCUCUGUGUCUACUUUUUGCAAAGCUGGUCAGCUAUACCUUCCUCUUCUGGCUCCCACUCUACAUCACUAAAGCAGCCCACCUGGAUGCCAAGAAGGCUGGAGAUCUUUCCACCCUGUUUGACGUUGGAGGCAUAAUAGGAGGAAUAUUUGCAGGAGUAAUCUCUGAUAAACUGGGGAAGAGAGCCACCACCUGUGCAGUCAUGCUGCUGCUUGCUGCUCCUACACUGUAUGGUUUCUCGAUGAUCAGCGAGCUUGGUCUUGGGCCAACCAUUGGUGUGCUUUUAGUGUGCGGAGGUCUUGUCAAUGGCCCAUAUGCACUGAUCACGACUGCUGUGUCUGCGGAUUUGGGCACCCACAAGAGUUUGAAAGGCAAUGCCCGAGCAUUGUCAACUGUGACUGCCAUCAUUGAUGGGACAGGAUCUGUAGGUGCAGCAAUCGGACCCCUGCUGGCUGGGGUGUUAUCUGCAGGUGGUUGGGAUCAGGUGUUCUACAUGCUCAUGACUGCUGACUUUUUUGCUUUAUUGCUUUUGCUAAGGCUUGUAACGAAGGAGUUGAGAUCAACUAAAUCCCGACCCAUCUCUUCUGUACAACUGAAGGAGCACUGAACGCUGUGAUUGCACUGCAUCAACACAGGAGCACCCAAACACGUUGGACCCGCUGGAACCAACUGACAGUAUGCCACUUAACACGCUGAAGUUGUUGCAGUCUCCCAGAACAGCAGUCCAUUUCAUUUCUGUUUGGGGGAUUCAAUUUCUACACAUUUUAAGUACAAAUAUGACCAGGAUUACAUUACAGUGUACUUUUGGGAUUUUUACAACUUGAUUUAUUAGACCUUGCUAUCUCUUAUCGAAACAGAAAUGGAAAGUAUUUAGGGAAAACCUUGACAAAUUUAGUUUGGGAUCAUUUCGAAUGAAAUUCAUUUACGUCCUUUGCUUUUCCUUAGUUGGAUGUGGAUAUUUAAUUUUACUGAAAUGUUGAAGACAUUCAAACUAUAAGCACUUAAAUGGGCAAAUGUUGAAAAUAGGGGUGUCCUGAUCCAAUAUUGCUGUUGGGUAUCGGCCCUAUAGCAGUAUUGACUUGUAUCUAAAAUCACUGACAUAAGCAGUCCUGCAGCGCGUUUACUUGUGCAAAUCUAGAGAGCCAGUUUAUUUCUAAAUGUCCUCCAAUAAGCACAAAAGGUUGGACUUUUCUUGUAUUUUAGUCAAGUCAUUUACAAAAGGUAAACAUGGUAGGCUAGAGGCUACAGAAGGGAAGGUGCAUGCAUCCACAUGGCCCCAUUCCUGGGUGGAUCUCGCGUGAGAGGAAGGUGGGGCCAGUGGGGGGGGGUUAAUAAUUUUGCAAUGCAGUCUGCUGAAAAUAAUGGAAAGCGUCACUCCACCUAGCAACUGACGCUGUGGUCAACGUUGGAACUGCCACAAAACACAUUUUAAGAUGUUUAACACUCUACUGUCGUCUGGCAACUGAAGGGAAUAGGUCACUUCCCAUUACAUCACGUUUCAUGUGUCCGGUAAACCGCGACGAAUGGGGCCAUAAGAAUCCCCUUUAUACUGUACUAGGAGCUAGCAGUUACACCACAGCUACAUACACAAUAGCACACAAGCUAGACAUACACUACCGUUCAAAAGUUUGGGGUCACAUUGUAAUGUCCUUAUUUUUGAAGGAAAAGCACUGUACUUUUCAAUGAAGAUAACUUUAAACUAGUCUUAACUUUAAAGAAAUACACUCUAUACAUUGCUAAUGUGGUAAAUGACUAUUCUAGCUGCAAAUGUCUGGUUUUUGGUGCAAUAUCUACAUAGGUGUAUAGAGGCCCAUUUCCAGCAACUAUCACUCCAGUGUUCUAAUGGUACAAUGUGUUUGCUCAUUGGCUCAGAAGGCUAAUUGAUGAUUAGAAAACCCUUGUGCAAUCAUGUUCACACAUCUGAAAACAGUUUAGCUUGUUACAUAAGCUACAAAACUUCUGUAAAUAAGCUACAAAACUGACCUUCCUUUGAGCAGAUUGAGUUUCUGGAGCAUCACAUUUGUGGGGUCAAUUAAACGCUCAAAAUGGCCUGAAAAAGAGAACUUUCAUCUGAAACUCGACAGUCUAUUCUUAUUCUUAGAAAUGAAGGUUAUUCCACAAAAUUGUUUGGGUGACCCCAAACUUUUGAACGGUAGUGUACAUAGUAAGUGUCCCUAAUUAAAGAAUAUUGAAGUCUAAAACAGCACAUUUGUCAAUAUAAACAAAUAUCAAAUAAUUAUAGUUGCAUUACUUACACAUACAAAGUCUCCAAGGCAGAAGCGUAUUAGAAAGUAGCAAACAUGUCUGCAUUAUUCAACUUACUGCAUCAUGGGCUAAACUAAUGACUUAUUGUGGCCACAAAAAUUUAACAAUUACCACUCCACUUCAACUUAAAGACAGCAUAAUUCAAUUACAGACGGUUAUUAAUAAAUAGGUUGGUAUUUCUUAAUACACACCUGCUCAAAAUGUGUUUAACAUUCCACACUCCAAAAUAAUAAAAGUAUGUAUGAUUCAUGCUGAUUCCAGAUCAAUGUCUGUAUCAGACUAUAAGGCUCCAAUAUCUGUAUCAUAUUGGAAGUGAAAAAGUUGUAUCGGGACACCGCUUGUUGAAAGCUGUCAGUCACACUAAUGGAACAAACUUAGCACCGUUUAAAAGUUAACACUUCUGAUGGUACUAUAAUCGUUCAUCUAGCACUAAAACUUACUGAAGGAGCAUCUUCAAUUACUCUGGUGUUUUACAUCCAUGAUUGAAGUAGUAAGGCGUUAUAAAUUUGAGGGCACCGUAUGACAGGUUUUUUGUACGCACAAUUAAUUGGACAUUGUACUUUUGUUUACCGAAAGGCUUCCGUUAAAUUGAUAAUGUUAAAAUCAAUUAAAACCAAGAAAGAAAGGUGGGAGGGGCGACCGGAGGGAAAAUUCCACUGACCAAAGGUCUUUUUUAUUUUCUUUUGUGUUAGACUUCUCAGCCACUUUUCAAUACCCUUUCUGCAACUACAAAACAUGCACCCAUUUCAAUUGUGUGCACAUGGAGGACAACAAUUUGUAUUAACUGCCGUAAAUUGAAACAUAAUGUAUUUCCCAUUCUCCCUUAGUCUCUGGCUAAAGUCACAAGUAAAUGCGCAAGUUAUGGCUGUUUUCGCUUUAGUCAAUACCCUCUUAUGUCGACGCGAGUCUGCCAAUGAUUGAUUUUAUUACUUUUUAGAUAUUUUCUAAAGAACGGUGAGAUCUGCCUCCAAAGGGACCGACACCACUCUGGUCAGGGAGAAAUACACAAGCACAGUAGUACCUCAAGAUACGAGCAGAUCAGUACUUCUAAAACUUGUAUUACAAAACGGCGUUUUGAAAUGAAUUAAAAUCAAUUUAAUCGAUAUUCAGCAGUUUUAUGAAGUAAUGUAGUAAUAAUCUACAGCAUUUACCUUGGAGAGUUGACUUCUACGGUAUCUCCUUUCUCAUAUUUUCAUGGAUAAAUGUCCUUCAUUAACAUCCUUGGCUGGCGUUAUUGACUCAUUCUGCUUCAGUAUGGUGCAGACUAGCAGUGCUACACUCCCAACUGCUUCACCACGUUAGCAUGUUUUGGAUGAUUUCUUUCUUUACUUCAACCUAAAUAACCUACAUUGGCACCUGCAACCUAAAACAUACCAAUUAGCCAAGAGACAGCGGGGCCACUCGUAUCUUGAGGUAGCUCUGUAUGUAAUGUGUUUUUUUUACCAGAUUUGAAGCACUCCGAUAAUUUGCCUUAAAAGUAGAGAUUCAUACUUUUUGUCUGUCUUUGCACAAAUUGAUUGAGAGCAGCUGUGUAUUUAUAUGAUUAGAAAUGUGUGAAUGCUGAAGAUAUGCAAUAUAUUACACAUACAGUUCUUCUAUUCUAUUAUACGAAAUCCCACUCGAUCUGAAUGUUCUUAUUUUCCUAACCUAAAUGCCCUUUGAACACGAGAACUGCGAUUACGUCCACGUUUCUCAAACCACUGCAGCACCGAAAUCUGUCCGGCUAUCUGCAGUAUUUUGGAGUUAAGACAGCACAGGUGUCAAACUCAAGGCCCGGGGGCCAGACGUGGCCCGCUACAUGAUUUUGUAAAUAAUGUGAGUCAAUAAAGUACAUUAUCUUGUCUUACUAAAUGUAUUCGUUCAUUCUAUUUUGACAGUUUUUUUUUUUAUUCUGCUUAAAAUUGCAUACAUUUUACACAUAAGUAUUAUCCAAUACUGCAACAAAUAUUAUAUCAUCAUACUUUCCUAGCAAUUUUUUUGUUCAAACAAAAAGUAAUACUUAAAUAUCUGCUUGACUUAUGAUUUCAAAGCAAGUUAUCCCCCAAAUUGUAAAAAGGACAGAAUGGUUUUUUUGCUGUUUACUGUAAAUAAAACAAUUUUUUUACGGUGUUGGACAACCGGUACCCUAAAUGUAUUUUCCGGUAAAAAAAAACUGGCAGUAUCCAGGAUUAAAAAUAGUGGUACCAUUUUUCCAUUUCUAGUAAUAUGUUGUAAAAACCACUGACAUUUUACAGUAAAAUAUCUCUUUUUUUACGGUGUUGGAAAAACGGUACCACAAAUUAAUUUUCCGGUAAAAAACUGGUAGCUCAGUGGCCAGAAUUUUAAUAAAGUGGUACCAUUUUUCCAUUUCUAGUAAUAUGUUGUAAAAACACUGUACAUUUUACAGCAAAAUUCUGGCGACUAAUCUGCCAGUUUUUUUUACUGUAAAACUGUUUUUUUUCAUUUACUGUAAUAUGUUGUGAAAUAAAACAUUGUAUAAUUUACAGUAAAAUUCUGCCAGUUUUUUUUACAGUUUAUGUAAAAUAUAUGUAUAAUAAUCUAAUGCAAGCUGUAUUUAUAUAUUAUUCGCCAUUACAAGCAGCCCUUAACGACAAUGUGGCCACCAAUGAGUUUGACAUCCCUGCCCUAAACAGUAAGUUCACAUUUCCUGCCCUUAAAAUUCCCAUAGAAAUAUAUUGUUUCCUUUUUGCAUUUCUUAACAAAUUCCAACAUUCCAGGACCAAAACAUUUGUCCAUAUCCAAAAACCCUUUUUCCUGUAUUGCCACAAUUUCCACACAGCAUUUUAGUUCAUCUUCAGCUCUUCAACAUUCACACACCAUUUCUACACACUCUCUUUAGUUUGCUUUGAGAUUUCUUUGAGGUGCUUUGAAAUGUUUACCUAAAAUCUGUUAAAAUUUUAAAAUCUGACAUUGUUUAUUGUCGUUGGCCAUUAAAUACCUCAUCAAUCUAGAAUGAAUGAAUGAGUCACAGACUUUGUGACAAAACGAGGCAGCACAAAAACAGGAUUUAUGUUCUGUUUUAGUCUUAGUCAGGAUGUAACCUUGAACACGCUUCUGAGUUUUGUCCGAUGCACAUGAUGCCCACCCAAUUGUCACAUGGUGCAUCAGGAAAGUAUUCAAAGAGCUUCACUUUGUCCACAAUUUCGCUUUUUCAGCAAGUUGCGGCAAAAGUUGCUAUGUUUUGAGUUAGUUUUUUUUUCAAUUAAAUUGAAUGUGAUAUUAUGAAUUUGUUAUCAAUGGUUUCAAGUAGAAAUGUCCGAUAAUGGCUUUUUUGCCGAUAUCCGAUAUUCCAAUAUUGUUAAACUCUUAAUUACCGAUUACGAUAUCAUCCGAUACCGAUAUAUACAGUCGUGGAAUAACACAUUAUUAUGCCUAAUUUUGUCGUGAUGCCCCACUGGAUGCAUUAAAAAUGUAACUUUGCCAUGAAUUGAUUUACGUGGACCCCGACUUAAACAAGUUGAAAAACUUAUUCGGGUGUUACCAUUUAGUGGUCAAUUGUACGGAAUAUGUACUGUACUGUGCAAUCUACUAAUACAAGUUUCAAUCAAUCAAUCAAAAACAAGGUUUUCCAAAAUAAGAGAACAACUUCAACUCCAGUAAUGGA